AUGAGAGCGCAUGUGCGUCGGUCUCACAGCAGAUUGGGGAGGCCUCGGUCCCACAGAAAGGCCCUUCUACGGAAUCUCGCUACCCAGCUAAUAAGACAUGGCAGCAUCAUAACGACGGCAGCCAAGGGCAAGGAGUUGCGUCGCGUAAUCGACUCUAAAAUUAUCUUAGCAAAGAAGGGAGGUCUUCACAAUUACCGCCAGGCCCUUGGCUUUUUUUACGACAAGAAACUUACAAGGAAAUUGUUUCAGGAGGCCCCGACACGAUUCGCCCGAAGGAACAAUGGAUUUUCUCGAUUGUUUUCACGUUGGUUUCCAGCACCAGCGUUGCCUGCUGGUGCUCUUGAAGUAUUCUUGGGGACUGUUUUCUCUAACUGGCUGGUCAAGUUUUUUAGUGUGUAG